AUGGGGCUACCAUCUAGCUGUUUACAAUCGCUAACAACUGCCAGUACCAUCCAGCCGUCUAUCCCAUCAAGACAUGCCCGUCGGAAUGUUAUCGUCCAUCUACCACCUGGUCCCUUGUUUGACGUCUCUGGGAACGGGUCCCGGGUACGUCAUUACCAAUACCCCAUUCCAGUGCACGACACCCUUGCAGGAUUCGACUGGGUCUCCCAGAAUCUCCAACCCGACCGCCUCGGGAUCAUCGGCACGCACAUCGGCGGCUCGUUGGCGCUCACGCUUGCCUUGACCGAAGCCGCGUCGGUCAAAGCAGUGGCGGCAUUGGAACCAGUCUGUGACUGGCCGGGCCUGGACGCAUUCUGUACGCAAACCGCACAGCACGGCCACAAGUCUACUCCCGCGAGAAGAAGGUCUAGCCGCAUGGCAAGACACGCUCCGCGGGACCUGGUACCGCUGCUUGACGCGCGGGAGAGACUGUUUUCCACGCCGGAACGGUACUUUGAUGCGUUCGCCUCCCCGGUGCUUUUCCUGCGCUCGGCGGGAAAGGAUGUGCCUCCAGCAAUUCCAACGUAUUUUACAGGACCGGAAUAUCCGGUCCCUGUCUUGAAGCCACUGUCGCGGUCUGAGGAGCAAAUUGACUAUUGGGAUGUGCAUAUGCAUGCGGUUGAAGGCAACAAUACAGAUACGGAGUACCCAACAAAUACGAUAUCCGAGCAAGACGAUGAUCCCAAACAGCCCGUCCGCCGUCGGAAAGCCCUCAGACGAUGGCCUCCAUACGGUCUCGAUUAUGGGACAGGGGGCUCUUCUGGUUUGCAUUAUCAACUAGGGGUGAAGCGUCUUCAAGUGGCCCUCCCUUGGGUCCGUAUCUUCUCCCGCAUGGAGCUCAACAAUGCCGAACCUUCACACAGUUCUCGGACACCUAAAUCUGCCAAUACUUCAACAGUACUAGCCAGCCAGGCCAGUGAGAUGGUGGAUGUCAUGCGGCGGGCGUGUUUCUGGGGCCAUGAGAAGGGGGUCGGAGAACGCCGUGUGACGCUGGCCCCGAUCCCGUCCUCGGAAUCAGAUGAGAUACAAGCGGGGCGUGCAGGGGAAUGGAUUAUGGAGACUUUGUCGGCCGAUUGA